AUGCUCGCUAUUAUCAUUCCAAUUAUGGGCAAUCAAUUGAUGAAUUUCGAAAUAUUUCAGAAUUGGAGUGUGCUCAUUUCGCUUUAUCGGCGAGCAAUGACCACUGCUCUUCAACAGGAUUUCGGCAUCGAGCAACGAUUUUCGGAUAAAAUCGAUUUAGGAGAAUUGGAUAAUAUGUGCGCUUCGAGCGAUUCCUCAGCUUCAAGCAAUACGCCAACGAUGCCAAAUCCAAAAGAAAGUUCGGAAGAAUCGCAUGUUUAUGCGAAUAUUCGCGAGAUUGAAGAAUUUCACAAUCGUGCGGUUCCGCCAGCUCCGAAGCCGGACUCGAAGCCAGUUCGCGAUAUGCAUAAUGGAUGGCUCGAAUACGAAACCGACCUCGGACGAACAUUCUUCUAUCAUAAAGAAAGCGGAAAAACGCAAUGGAUUCCGCCGAGGUUUCUACGAACACCGGCGCAAGUUGAGCAAUUCCUGCAUGCCACAAAAACCGCGAUCGAUGAAAAUUGUACAUAUGAGGGACCGUCAACGAAAGAGCACAAAGAGAAUAAGGAGAAUGAGGAGGCGAAAGACAUGACAGGCGAUAGUGAAAAAAUCGAGGACGAGGAGGUGUUUGAUGAGGUUUGCGAGGAUCCCGAAGAAAUCUGCUCGACGUCGGGAUUCGUCGCGGCCGAGUCGCCAUCGAACACACCAACGGAAACUUCAUUUCCGGCGUAUGCGGUUCCGCCAAAUUCUGGAGCGAGUUCGCCGGCGACGACGCGUCGUCGCAUUUCGCCGAACAGCCAACGAAUGAUGACGUUUCAAAAUCGUUGUUUCGCAUUGAAAAAUGUGCCAUUGCCUCAAGUGUUGCCAACAUCGAUUAGCACCGAUUGCCAUAAAUUGAGCGAAACUCACGAGGAAUGUGAGAAUGAAUCGAUUUUUCCAAAAAUCAAGUUUCAGACAAGCACCGGCUGUCAAAAAAGACGAGGAAGUAGUGAAUCUCGCGAACCAGUGCGAACUAUUCGCUAUGGUGAUAUGGAAUGGUACGAACAGAAGGAGGAGCUACGCACGAAGAAACGAGAAUGGAUUUCAAAUUAUAUGUAUCUAACAUCAGCACACUUAAUCAUGUACAAAGAUCAAAAAAGUGCCGAGAAACACGGCAAACAUUACGAUGCGCCGAUGGGUUGUUGGGAUUUGCGAGGCGCCAAUGUCUCAUGGGUUGCCGAGAAGGAUGUAAAAAAGAAGAAGCGAUAUAUACAGUUGGAAUUGUGCAAUAAUAAUAAAUAUUUGCUGAGAUUCAAUUCGGAUAAUGACGCAAAUGAAUGGUUCAGCGCGUUGAAUGAUGUUGUGUCGAAAUUGCCGGCUCCUGAUCCGUCCGUUCAGCCUGUUAUGGACGUCUCUGGAAAUAAUGUGUCGCGAAGCCCGUCGUAUAUCAAUUCUAGACCUCUAUCGCACCUGAUGACAGGGCGAAGCAUUCGUCGCCGCGGUGAUCCGAUGUCGCAAUCCGCCAUUGAAUCGUCAUCGACAGCCGCCGUCGUCGAGGAAUCGAGACCAUCGAAAGAAUCGAUAUUGGAGAAAUUGCGACGAUUCUUUGCCAAACGGCCGACCGUUGAGAGUCUCAAAGAGAAAGGAAUAUAUAAGCCGGAACCAGUAUUCGGAUCGACGCUAUUGGCGAUUUGCAAUCAUGAGAAUUCCUAUGUGCCAAAAUUUUUGAGGGUCAUUACUGAGGUGAUCGAGAGCAAAGGGUUGGACACGGAUGGAAUUUAUCGGGUUAGUGGGAAUUUGUCUGCGGUUCAGCGAAUACGAUGUCAAGCCGAUCAAGAUAAUUAUAAGGCGCUGGUUGCCGAGGAGGAUAUUCAUGUGUUAACUGGAGCGUUGAAGCUUUUCUUUCGUGAGCUCAGCGAGCCUUUGUUCCCCACCGCUUAUCACAAGGAAUAUACGUCGGCGAUGCAGAAUCCGAAUGUUCCGACGCGUUUCAAAAAGUUUGAAGAGCUUCUGAAUCGUUUGCCGAUGGAGAAUCGCGAGACGCUCAAAGUGCUUUUGAGGCACUUGAAUAGGGUCGCAUCGCAUUCAUCGCAUAAUCGAAUGCAGCAGCACAAUCUGGCCAUCGUGUUCGGGCCCACUCUAUUUCAUAAUGGUGAUGGAGUGGUGGCCGGCGGAGCAGCGGCGAAGAAUAAAAAGGCGGCGAAACGCGGAAAGAAUGCUAAGGGAUCGAAGGAUGAAGCCGCGCCGCCAGUUCAAUCGAACUCUCAUCUGGCGUUCAGCAUGAUCAUGCAGAGCCAAAUUGUGCAGUACCUUCUUGAAUCGCAGAACAAGUUUGACAUACUCAAAGCGCCAGUAAUCUAUUCUCGUUGA